AUGCUACGGGAGAAUUUGCCAGAACCUUCCAAAGCGUUCCUUUCACAAGGGGCUCUUCCUGCUAGCAGCUAUCGACGACAGCGUCUUCUAGAAGUAAAGCACGAGUUAGACCUCCCGCAUGAAUGGAUGCCAUCUGCGUCGCGAGCUCUCCAAAAAGCUUGUCAUGGGCUUAUUCAGGACAGCAUUUUUGAGGAAACCGACUAUUUUUUGUGCGCUCUUUUGCAUCCCACUUUUAUCCCGCAGCGCCACCCACGCGCGGCGGAGCUCCGGCGUCUUGUGGCGAUGCCCUCAGAGCUCUCAUUUUGCGGUAUGAGCAGUCUGCAGCUCCUCCGGCAGGCGCUGGAGCUCCACCAACGAAGCAUGACUAGCACGCUUUCUGAUCUUGGCCUAAGCGGUGGGGAUGACAUCCCUGCUAAUGGGCCAAUGAAGCCGCCCUCCGUCUCCUUUCUCGCGACCCCUCCACGCUACUUAACGGUGGAUAAGUUGGAGGUAUCAGACCUGGAGAGGGUGCCCCUUGCCGCCGAGUUGGAGUCCUUUUUGUUGUUCGACCCCAAGGUGUUCUCCACGCCGCAACUACAGAAACGCGAUUUUGGUACUCCGCAGGAAGUUCUCUUGGCGACGACGACGGCGCUUUGCGGUGCGAUUGAGUUAACGCAGGGAACAUUGGCUGUUGCAUCGUUUCUAGAACGAAUGUUGAAGCGCAAAGAAGAGGGAUAA